AUGGCCGCUCCCGACGAGAAUGCCAUUCGGCAAUCCUCUGGAUCGAGCAUCCCAAACGCGCCCGAUAGAGACCCGUCCUUGGCUGAAAAGGUAGCCACACAGCCUGAUGUGGAAGAGUCCCUGGAAGCUCGAAUCGAGCGCCUAGGGCGAGAACGACCGCCAGCUUUCAAAUCUCUAUUUCACGAAAUCGCGUUCGCCUUCUCCAUCUACAUGUCGCAAGUCUUGACGGAGUACUUUGUCUCCGGGUUUACAGUCAUAUUGCCUACUCUCAUUACGGAGCUCGACAUUCCCCAGGCCUCGAGCGUUUGGCCUGCCACCGCGUUUUCCUUGGUUAUUGCAAGCACGCUCCUGGUCUUCGGCAGACUGGGGGACAUGUGGGGGGGAUAUCCCGUCUAUAUCGCGGGCCUCGCUUGGCUAACGAUAUGGAGCAUCGUCUGCGGCUUCAGCACAAACCCGCUGAUGCUAGACUUUUGCCGCGCUCUCCAAGGACUUGGAUCGGCAGCUUUCCUACCCACCGGUGUCAUGAUCAUGGCGAGCGCGUACCGACCGGGUCCUAGAAAGAACCUCGUCUUCGCGCUUUACGGGAUGUUCGCCGUGGGCGGUUUCUUCACUGGAAUAUUCUGUGCCGGCAUCGUUGGCCAGUACGUCCGCUGGUCUUGGUAUUUUUGGAUCGGGGCCAUUCUUGCAGUCCUUGCAAUCAUCACCUCGAUCAUAUCAGUCCCCAACGAUGCAAUAGAACGACGCCAGAACGGAAUCAAAAUGGACUGGAUAGGCACCGUCACAAUUGUCUGCGGUCUUGUGCUGGUAGUCUUCUCGAUUACGGAAUCAGCACAUGCCGAGCACGGAUGGCGGACACCGUAUAUACCGUCCUUAUUCGUCGUUGGGUGCCUGUCUCUAGUGGCAGCCGUCUACGUCGAAGGCUGGGUGGCGGAACAACCUCUCCUCCCCGCCGAUCUAUUCGCGAUUCCCUGCGUCACGCCUCUCUUGUUCGCCCUGCUCUUCUUCUACGGAACCUUGGGAAUCGUCCUGCUGUACGGCACGCAAUACUUCCAGAACAUCUUGCAUGCCACGCCGCUGCAAGUCGUCGCUUGGUACGUCCCCAUGGUACUGGGCGGCCUCGCUUUGGCUCUCAUCGAAGGCUUCAUCUUGCACCUCGUGUCCGGGCGGAUCCUUUUGAUCAUCUCGGCCUUUGGUGCCCUGGGAUGUCAACUGUUAUUCGCCACUCUGCCAGACCAUCCCAACUACUGGGCCUGGCUGUUCCCCGCGAUGCUGCUGGGGACCAUCGGCAUCGACCUCUCCAUCACUCUCGCGUCCGUCUUCGUUACCACGCAAUUGCCCAAGGCGAAGCAAGGACUGGCCGGCGGGCUCCUGAACUCGGUGCUCCAACUGGGCGUCGCUCUACUCCUCGGCGUCUCCGACAUCCUGCAAGCCAGAACUGUGGACGCGGUCGGUUUAAAAGCCAGCUACAAAAACACAUUCUGGCUCGGCGUCGGCUCCGCAGUGGCCGGUCUGGCCGUCGUGACAAUCUGGGGAAACGUUCCCCGCGCGAAGAGCGACAUGACCGCCGACGAGAAGCUGGAGCUCGAGCGCGAAGCUACCCGGCUUUCGACAAUGCCUUCUCAUCCUCAAGUGGCCUGA